UUAUCAGUAGAUAUAAUAAACUAAUUAAUCAUUAUUUAUAUUCGUGUUAGUGAAAUAAGUAGCAAAGUGAAUCUCUGUUGCAUUCUGUGAAUAGUAACAUUUAUAGGAGACAUUGUGUACUUACUUGUAGCAAGGCAACAUCCUAUACAUGGCAGAGCAGAUUGCUUACAAAUUAAAAGUAACGAACACCGGCACUGACAUGUUCGCGUAAUGUUUGUAUUAGGUCGGGUUGUGUCAGGAGUAUCGCGAAAGCUGUGCCGAUGCUGACACAUGUGGCUGUGUCACACUAAAAACGACAGUCUCUGCCUACUCCUCUGAGUUUUCGAUGAGAAGCUUACUUAUUUUUUCAGAUAAGUAACUUAGUCACGUGUUUUUACUUAUACUAAAAAAUGUUAUCAUCAAGAUCGAAAAUGUGACGGAAAGAAUUGAUUAAUACUAUCAACUAUCAAUAUCCUGAGUUUAUCAUCAAAAAAAAACCUUCAACAUAUUUGACAAUUAUGAGUUGAUAUCUCGUGAUGAAUUACCUUCUUUAACCUAAUUUCAUUAUUUGUAUGGUGAGUUCGUGGCAAAAUUGAAAAGUAAUAUUGUUUGUGGAUUGCCGGCUGCAGCUAUCAGCUCCUGAUUGUUAUAUAAAUAAGAUUUAGAUUGCUAACGAGCAAGUGGUUUGUUAUGUGUGCACAUCAAUCAAUCAAUUCCCGUAUCGGAACAUGCCAUCCUACAAAGUAAUAAAACGAUAUUAAAUUUUAAUUCAAGGUAUUUAUGAUUACAUGGCCACCUUCGAAUAAUUUAAUAUAGUAGAACGAGGUUAAACAGUUUGCAAUGCCUUCCUGUUUGACUCUCCGCGUAGGAACGCAACUUUGUCCGAAAUAAGGAGAAUUCGACUAACAAAAUGACACGUAUGAAAACUACAAAACGCAAACGAUACCAAUGCAAGUGCAACUCGUCCCGCUGAAGGUAUGUGUGUGACGAGACAUGUCUCUAAACAUCGCAAUUCAACGAUGUCUCGAUACAGCCAUCUGUUAAAGCACACCAGAAACGGUGGCAAAAAACAAAACUCUUCGACACAUUUUAUUUUUAUUUUCUCUGAUAAAUAACAAGAAUUUAUGAGUUAAUCGUAAAUAAUUUUAUGUUGUUACAAAAAGGUAAUCAUACAAUUCCAUUCCAACGCACGUUCAGUUACUUUGAAUGCAGAAUUAAACGUUAACAUUAUUUAUAAAUUCUGUUGAAAUGAACAUUCCUUCUUAUAAUUUAGUUAUCUUUGCAACAUGCGCCUUAAUGCAUUCAAUAUACACUGAACAGAUAAAUAAUAAAGAAAGAAUCAAAGAUCUGGAAGCAGAGAAAAGCAAAUUACAUAAAGCAAUCAAUGCAGCCAUCGACGAUGGUCUGCGGGCCUUGCAGAAGGAGGGCGGGGGUGCGGGGGAGCAGUACCUGGCAGCGCUCAAGCUACACAUGCAGGCGGCCGGCGAGGGGACGGCGGGCAAGGACACCGGCGGAGAGCAGGUGGACGCGCCAGCAACAAACAACAGCACCAACGCAACGAGCCUACGGCGGUUCGAUUUCAAGAAAAAGAAGAAACGUGGCCCCGACGAAUUGGAUGAAAUAUUCAUUUACAAAGACGUUUACGAAAAUAAAGAUAUCGAACCGGAACAGGGCAAGAUGAUAAUGGACAAUCGGCACAAGCUGGAGAAGAAGUUGUUCGAAUGGAUGGUGAAGCGCCAGGAGGAGAAGAAGCGGCUAAAGGAGUACCUAGAGAAGAAGCGGGCGCACCUGCUGGAGGUGGUGACGGAGAAGUGCCCGCGCUUCGGGUACGGCAAGCGGAUCAAGAAGAAGAAGACGAGGCGGAAGGAGGAGGGAGACGCGGUGGAUGCGCACCGCAAGGAGCACAAGAACAAGCCCAAGUACCCCUGCUGCAGGAAGUGCUGCAAGAAGUCUUAUUUAGGAUGCAAAAGAGAACACUUUCAUGAGGAAGGCGUCCAUCGGGCGGGAGGAGCGGCAAGCGCGUGAUGAAAAGCUGGCGGU